AUGUAAUAUUUAUAAAUAUUGAAACCAGACAUUGGAAUUUCCAUAACAAGAGGAUUGUUAAAAGGAGUGGUAUUAAUAAUAAUAGGCAAAACAAUUUUGAGUUAUCAUCCUUUUGAUUUUUAGAAAGAUUGUCCUGAAUAUGUGAGAAAAAUAUGAUAAUGAAAUAGUUUGCAAGAAUUCCUUAUAAACAUCCUAUUUGUCCUCCUAUAUAUGCUCCUUAUAAAAUGGAAGAACCUGAAGAUAGAGAGAAAUAUGAAUAAUUGUAUGACAAAGUAAUUCAAAUGAGUAAUAACAAUCGUGAGUAUUAUAUGUUCAAAAAUCUAUUUCAUCCAUCAUUAGAAGAUGGUUUCAUAAUAAAAGAAGCUUUAUGGGAAUCUGAUGGAGAAAGAGUUUUGGAUGAAAUAAGAGGAGAAGUAAGAAGAUAAUUAAGAUAAGCUCAAAAUUUAGAACUUUAAAAUCAGUUUCACUUAAUUUAAAGAAAGGUAUUAUUCUCACAAUUAAAUGAUCAAAUACGUCCUUCUAUUUGA